AUGCAUUUAUUUGACUCUUCACAAUCUCCCAGGCCUCAAGCGUGUAUUUCGUGAUACUACAUCGAACUGCAAUUCGAUAAACACAUUUAGGCGAAAUUGUAUUUCUUUUCUUUCCACGUAUUUUUUUCCAAUGUAUUCAUAUAUACUUUAGUGUACUCGUCUGUACACAUAUACUUCGUGUACACGAAUGAGAGCGACGAAAGAUACGAAGUUAUGACGCAUAAAAGCAAUAUUAAUCGUGCGGCAAAAUUUGUGCUCACCUUCCUCGGUAUCUGGCCAGAUAUAUCCUGCGUUAUGUUCUAUAGAAUAUUUUGGAUUGUUACAAUUUUUAUGUUCUUAUUUUGCCAUUAUCUAUAUUUCUUGGCACAUUUUCAUUCUAACGACGUGUUCGAUUUGAUGGAUUGUUUCAGUAGUUUCUUAGGAUUUUUGAAAAUAAUAAUCUAUUUCAUCUUCUUUUGGUUGAAUCAGCGAAUAUUCAAGGAAAUUUUAACAAUGAUGGCAGAAGAUUGGAACGAUUGCGCUAAAAAUGAUAGUGAAAUGCAUGAGGCAUUAAAUAAAGCGAGGAUAUCGAACCGUAUCACCAAUGUGAUCAUGAUUCUUCAUAUACUUAGCCCAAUCCUAUACGGCGUGAGCAUGCUGGCCAGCGUUGACAUCACCGAUCGUACGGUUGAACUACCCCACAUUUACAAAAUAGAAAUUCCAUUCAACAUAAACACGCAGUACACAUAUAAAAUAAUGUUAAUUGUGGAAUUAAUGCAUCUUGUCAUGUGUAGUUUGUCCUUGGGUAUAAUAAAUGUUUUACUGCUGAUCUUGAUCCUACACAUAGGUGGCCAAUUAAAUAUCUUGCAUUGUUGGUUAGCAAACUUGAUAUUUAAAGAGAAUAAUUGUAAAUCUAUCGCCAUUAUAAUGAAAAAAAUUAUUCAGAAACAUCAAAAAAUCAUUUACUUCGCAAAAAAUGUUGAGAAUCUGUACACAUUUAUUGCGUGCAUGCAAUUCGUAUCAAACACAGUGACGAUUUGCAUAGUAGGAUUUUUAAUCAUAACAGCACUCGGCAGCUCUAACGCGACAGAAAAGAUAAUGAGAGCUAUUUCAUACUACAGUGUAACAAAUGUCGAAGCGUUCAUAUUCUGCUAUGCUGGAGAAUAUUUGAUCAAUAAGAGCAAGGCAAUAGGAUUAGCUGCAUAUAAUCUUGCUUGGUACGAAUUGGAGCCUGAAUACAAUCGUAUUUUAUUAUUCAUAAUAUUGAGAGCGCAGAAACAAUUAACACUUACGGUUGGGAAAAUGACGGAUCUCUCGUUACAAUGUUUCGCAAAAAUCAUGAAUUCUGCAGGCUCAUAUUUAUCGGUGUUAUUGGCAAUGCAAUAAAUGCCACGUUCAUCGCGCCAAUUUUCAACAUUGAAUUUUUUAUGUACAUAUAUUCAACAUGUAAACCAUUAGAAGAAUUAAUAAUGCAAGCGCAUAUAGUAACACAGCAUAUAAUAACUCCAAAUAUAUACUCCAAGAAAAUGUUA